AAAAAGGGUUUUAGGUUUUACGUAUUUAUUUACGGACACUGAAACUUUUCGUUACUCAUUCAUUCAUUCAUCAUCUUUCCGACCAAGCUUUGCAUAAAACCUAACCCCAAAGCAAAGAGUUAGUUACAGUGUGUUAAUUGAAAGAUGAGCGAAGACAACAAUGGUAGAAAGCGCGAACAAGUUGAAACCCUAAAACAAAAACAGAACAAUAAAAAGCCUAAGCAAGUUUUCCCUUACGGAAACUACAAGAGUUACUACAAUUAUCGAAUUGGUGAUGGCGUUGAUUGUGAUCCUCGGUUGAAAGUGUUCAGGAAGGAGUGGUUUGAAGGGAAGGAUUGUCUUGAUAUUGGUUGCAACAGUGGAAUAAUCACCAUACAAAUUGCACUGAAGUUUAACUGCCGCAGCAUUCUUGGAGUUGACAUUGAUUCAGAUCGAGUGGAAGAUGGAAAUUGGAAUUUGAGAAAAACUGCUAGAUUGAAAUCCGCCGCAAAUAAACCUUCAAAGGUCUCCAAACUCAAGGACAACAGCCAUACAGACCAUUCAGAGAACAAUGCUACUGUACCAUCAAACGUUGAUACGAAAGAAAUUUCAAUAGAGCCUUCUUCUUUGGAACAAGUUGAUCUGCUUAAGACUGUUUCUUUUAAACGGGAAAAUUUUGUGCUCACUCCGCACCCACUAGGAAAGCAAUAUGAUACUAUUCUCUGUCUGAGUGUAUCAAAAUGGAUACAUCUAAAUUGGGGGGAUGACGGCUUAAUUACAUUAUUUGCAGAGACUUGGAAGCUGCUCCGACCAGGUGGCAUUUUUGUGUUGGAACCUCAGCCAUGGAAGUCAUAUGUAAGCAACCGUGCUGUCUCAGAGACCACCGCUGCCAACUUCCGUAAUAUCAAGUUUCGGCCACAAGAUUUUCAAGAAAUACUGCUAGAUAAGAUUGGAUUUAGAACAGUAGAAGCAAUCACUUCAGAUUUGACAGGUAGCACAACUGGUUUCAACAGACCAAUUUUGAUUUUUCAGAAAUAACCGAUGCAGAAAGCCGUAAGAUGAAUCAAUGUAAUACGUCAAUUAUAGCAGUUGGUGUGAAUGAGUGAAAGCAGUUAUCUUAAACCUAAUCUAAAGUCUAAACCUUGAUACUACGUUAGUAUCAAUUUUGUGGUGGGUGGACCUUUUUUAGGUAUUGAAUUAUAUAAGGUUUAACUUGAAUUGAUGAAAAGGAAGAACAUGAAAUUAUUAUGUGAAUUGUUUCUUUUUUAUUUUGAUUAGUACUACUUCAUAUUCUCUUCUCUUAUAAGUUGGGAAUGAGGUUUAAUUUGUUUUUUGUAUUAUAAAAAUAUUUAAAGAAAAAAGUGAAUUACUUUUUUAUUAUAGUCAGAA